ACCACGUCAUUUUCAUCAGAGUCAUGAGGUGCUUCUGUACUUGAACAGUGUGAACAUGGCGGAUACGGAAGGGGAGUCGUUGGAGUCGUGGCUCAACAAAGCCACAAACCCUUCUAACAGACAGGAAGACUGGGAGUUCAUCAUAGGCUUCUGCGACCAAGUGAAUAAGGAGUUGGAAGGGCCACAGAUCUCUGUGAGAUUGUUGGCUCAUAAGAUUCAGUCCCCGCAGGAAUGGGAGGCAAUACAGGCUUUGACGGUACUUGAAGCUUGCAUGAAGAACUGUGGCCGAAGGUUUCACAACGAAGUGGGAAAAUUUCGUUUUUUGAACGAACUUAUUAAAGUGGUGUCACCCAAAUACCUAGGUGAUCGAGUAUCAGAAAGGGUCAAAAUGAAAGUUAUCGAGAUUAUCUUCAGUUGGACACAUUCUCUACCCGAUGAAGCUAAGAUCAGUGAAGCUUACCAGAUGCUCAAGAGACAGGGUGUCGUCGACGAGGACCCAGCGGUCCCGCCGGAAAAGACGUUGACGGCUUCGCCCCCGGCUCACCCUAAGAACCCAGUGUUUGAGAACGAGGAGAAGAGCAAGCGACUGGCUGAGCUUCUGAAGAGUAAGAAACCAGAGGAUUUGCAGGAAGCCAACCGCCUGAUCAAGAACAUGGUCAAGGAGGACGAGGUGAGGGCCCAGAGGGCCUCCAAGCGCAGCGGCACCCUGGAAGAGGUCAGCAACAGUGUCAAGCUGCUCCACGAGAUGCUGAGCCACUUCAGCAGAGAGGAGUCCACCGACGGCGAUAAGGAGCUCAUCAGGGAGCUAUACAGAGACUGUGACAAACUCAGGCAGACCGUGUUUAAGCUCGCCACGGAGACCGAGGACAACGACAGCAGCUUGGGAGACAUCCUGCAGGCCAGCGAUGACCUCUCUCGCGUCAUCAACUCGUAUCGGAAGAUCGUGGAAGGGCAGAAGAUCAACGGAGAGAUGGAGCCUGUGGGACCUUCCUACUCACAAUGCACCAAAGAUACCAGCCAAUCGGAGAUUCUGAUUGACCUGGCGGGGCUGGACCUCCAGAGCCCCUCCCCUCCAGGGCUGACCCCCACAGUCCAGCACCCAGAGCCCAGUGUCUCCAUCCCAGCCGACCUGCUCUACGGCUCUGCCUCCUCCCAGGCCUGUUGUCCUGCUCCCAGCGAUGACCCUAGCCCCAGCAAACCCUCCACAGCCCUCUCCCUGCUAGAUGAAGAGCUCAUCUCUUUAGGCCUUAAUGACCCCGUUCCUGCUCUGAGUGGAGCAAUGAUAGAGACACCAAAAGAUCCCGUCUUCAGUCAGCAAUUGUCAUCACAGGCACCCCACAUGGUUUUGGACCUCUUUGGCAGUACACCCAUCACAGCUCCUGCCUUCUCCUCAGCACCACUAACCUCAGCAGCGUCCCCAAACACUUUGACGACAGCCUCUUCAUCGGUCCCCUACCCACAAUCCUCCGGCACUGUCUCUUUCCCCUUCGCCACCUCUGUGUUCCCUGCAGCCCCCUUGUCCGCGACGCCGGUGUCAACCUGCCCUGGCCCGAUAAGCUACCCACAAUCCUCCAGUGCUACCUCUUUCUCCUUUCCCGUUGGUUCUCUGUCUCCCUCCACCUCCCUCAGCCACAGCGGCCUGCAAGACCUGGCUAUGCUGGACCUGGGAAACCCCAAGAGCAUGCCUGGUAUGUUGGACCCUGAUUGCUUGUUUGGGAUAGGGGAUGCUAUGGGUGCGACCUCCAGCAUGGGCAACGCACCGUCCAGAUCUAGCCCUCUCCCCCUGGGCAUAGCAGCACCUGGAGCCUCCAGCCUGGCCACCACCAGGCCCCAGGCAGACGACAGCCCCCUGCUUCGCUCCCUGUCUCCUGUCAUCCCUCUGGGCUUGGCCAGCCCAGGCGUGGCCCCGGAGAUCUCCCUAGUCAACGUCCACGUUCCCCUGGACUCCAUCAGGCCUAGCAAAGUGUGCCCUGUGACGGCGUACGAUAAAGACGGCAUCCGGGUUCUCCUCCACUUUGCUACCGACUGUCCCUCUGGCAGGCCUGAUGUUCUGGUGAUAGUGGUGUCCAUGUUGAAUACAGCCCCCCUGCCCAUCAGCAACGUAGUCCUGCAGGCCGCCGUGCCUAAGUCGAUGAAGGUGAGGCUGCAGCCGCCGUCGGGGACGGAGCUGGCGGCGUUCAGCCCCAUCCUGCCCCCCGCCGCCAUCACUCAGGUCAUGCUGCUGGCCAAUCCGCUGAAGGAGAAGGUCCGAAUGAGAUACAAGCUGACGUUCACUCUGGGAGACCAGCAAUGCACGGAAACAGGAGAGGUGGACCAGUUCCCCCCGGCCGAGAGAUGGGGGGCUCUAUAGCCCUCUGCCUCAACCACCAAAACAGUGCCAGGACAGUGUAGCCAGCAACACAUGGUGCACACAGCUUGAGCAUAUGCUCUACUGAGACAGUAUUUUCGGGGUGGUGGGGAGGUCACUGUAUUUGUGAGUGUUUCAUCCCAGUGAGUUACAAAAUGCUGUUACUAUUCAUUAUCAUAUGAAUUCAUAUUAUUUUAUCAUUUGUGUUCAGUUCAAUUUUGUUGCAACUUACUCCCUCUAGUCAAUCAACUCCAUUGUCUGAGUUGUUACAGAAUUAUUGCACUUUAGAAUUCCAUACAGACUUACAAUGUUUGGUUUCAGAAUGACAUACACUUGAAAAGCAUUUAUGUAACUUAUCAACGUUCAAGCCGAGGUGAACAAACGUGACAUAAGUGGGGGUCACUAGCUCAUAGAAAACAGAGCAUUGCUAACUUCACUACAAUUCGGACUUUUUUUUAUAGUUGGUUUCACAAUCGGUUGGUGAAACUACUUGGGAGUCUUAUUUAUGUUACUUUUGAAAGUUAUUUAUCUUGUCAUUCUACUAUUAUAGCCUUAUUUGAUUACAGAUGGGAUUCCUUUUAUUUCUAUCUUUUAUUUCUAUCAUCCCACACGUAAGGAACUUGAUAGCCUGCAGAUCCGCAGUAUUUAUUUCAGUUUGAGUGAUUGUCAUGGAUGUAUUACUUAAUUGUUUUUGAGAAGUAGUGUUAAUCAGCUCUGCACGCAGUUUAGACAUCGCAGUGUCUUGUUGAAUUCCUCCCCCACAUUCUCAUCUGCUGACAUUAUCAUCAACCGUUUUGCAGUCAAACUGGUUUCGCUGCGCAGUUCAAGCUAUAUUGAGGCUAAAGUCUAGCCGCUAGAGCAACAAACUUGUUCAAUUAACAGCAGUGAAAACGGAGCUUACGCAAAAGAAUGCCGUUUUAAAAAAGUUCUGUUUCUGCCUGAAAGAAACACAAUUUCGUUUAAUUUUUGAAAUGGUAUUCUUGGCAGUUUUAUACAAUUAUGUUUAAAUCGCUUUCCCCACCAUUCUUUAAGUAGGCCUUAAGCUACUAUGUGAUUGUGUUGAAUGCAUUCUGUCGGAGCUUGUUACAAUUAAGAAUUCUUCAAACAUCCUUAAACCAGGUUGUCAUAAAUUAUUGCUGUAUUUGUCAAUAGAAAUGAACCGAUGAGCUCUAUUGGUUAAGUUCAUAUUUUUAGACGUUCUC